UCCCACCAAAUGUUGCUCGCAACGUCACAACGUCAAAACACUCUCGAAAUUUCACCGCUACCAUGCCUCUAAACACCUUGCCCAUGAACAGAAGGGCAAAAAAUAACACCAACGAAACUGUUCUGUCCUGCAGUCCCACGGAAUUACGACAAAUCGAUCGAAAAACAAACAUCCCGCUACGGAAAGUGCUUAAAACCGAGUGUCCCGAGUGUCAGAUCUUACGGCAUGUGUGGCAUGCAAAAAUAUCCCUAAAUUGUGCAGUGUGUGACGGUGGUGCUGGCCCUCGAACCAGAGCUUUUCUCGCCAGAGCUCCGCGAGCACCACAGCUGUGGCAACACAUAAUGGAAGGCGGCGCAGGACCGCAGCAGUGAUGUGUCGUGUGGAUCCAUUCGGUCAAUUAUUAUUACUACCAAACACAGCUGCACCAAACCAGACCGCUCAGUUCCGCUCGAGUGGCAAACAGAAUACGUUUAUCAGCGUUCUAAAAUUUGCAUUGCCCAAAAACCCGCCACCCCCCGCGCACCAAGUGGGUCAACUCUGGUGAUGAAGUGAAAAUAGCUAGCUGUGUGUGCGUGUGACUGUGUUGUGUACAUAUAUACAUAUUUUUUUACUACUAUUUAUCAGUGAGUGCAAAUAAAAACGUCACAACCUGUACUGCUACUACCCCCCCUCCUCCCCCAUUCGCCCGUUGAAAAUGUCCGUGGUACGCACGAAGGUCCUCGGUCUGGUGGACGUUAUAAUGCGCGUUCCCAGCCUGUUCAUCAUCGACGAAAUCCUCAAGAUUGGCAUGGGCGUGCCGAUUGGGCAGCCAGCGGGCCAGCCCGCAAACAGUAGCGCCAUCAAUCUGGACUCCCCGCCCGUUGCUGCAAUGCUUCCGGACGACGACCGAGGGAUGCAGGACAGCAUCGAGGUGUACAAGUUCGUCUCGCUCGCCGUGCUGAAGUUUCUAAUCUGUCUGUUCGGUGCCAUUAGUGCAGCGUGUGUGUUUAUGCUAUGGACGCGCCAUUUAGUGAUCGUGUACAUGUACAUGGUCUCCGUGGGAUUGAUCUUUCUGUCGUACUGGAGCAAUGUCUCCGCCCUGUCGGUAAUAUCGGACAGUCCGAGCCUGCUGGAGGACAUACUGUCGCUCAACAUGGACCGUCUGCUCGACCCGGGAGGUGUACUGAUCUCAAUACUGCCCCACCUACUCGCCCAAUGGCUGAUGGGAGUCAUUUUCGCCUACAUUCAUUUGGGACCACGGCACAAAAUCGUCCAAAAAGCGCUGCCGUUCAGCUUCCUAAUGCCACUGUUGCUUGCAAUGCUGCCACUGCCGUCGCUAGUCCUUAAACAUUCCCCCGCUUUUGCCGCGAUCCUGCCGCUCGUGCUGUCCAAGAUUGCCCUGUGGAGCUCCUCGUUCGACGUGGUCAAAACGAUCCUGAGCGGCUACCAGCACGCGCGGAACUUUGCCAGCAACUUUGGCAUCGCGACGCUGAUCGAGAACGAAUGGCAGCGGCUGAACGUGCCGUGCGUGCUGCGCGUCUUCUGGACCAUUCGGCUGACCGAACAUCUCGUCAGCCUGCUGAUGUCGUCCGAGGCACCGCUGCGGUUUGCGGCCACCGUGCAGAGCGUGCUGGUCAGCGGGUGCGAAACGCUCACCGCCGUCCUCGGCAUGACCAGCAUCAUUUCGCUGAUCUGCCACUACAUCGGCAAGAUGUUCCAGCUGUUCCUGCUGUCCGAAGACUACGACGAGGACAAAUCGAUCGGUACGGUGUCGGCGAUACUUUUCUACAUUUUAGCGCUGCAAACCGGGCUCACCUCGCUGUCGCCGGACAAGCGCAUUGUUCGGUUGUGCCGCAAUAUGUGCCUGCUCGUGACGGCUUUACUGCACUUUUUGCACAACAUUGUUGCACCCAUACUAAUGUCACUGAGUGCGGCCCGCAAUCCCUCGCGCAAGCGUCACGCACGGGCAUUAAUAGUGUGUGCUUUCCUUCUCAUUGCGCCCGGAUCCCUGCUGGCCGUACUGUGGGCCAGUCACUCCCCAUCCACAUGGUUGCUAGCGGUGACAGCAUUCUCUGUUGAAGUGAUUGUUAAGGUUCUGGUGAGUUUGGCAACAUACACGCUGUUCCUGCUCGAUGCCCGGAGACAAACCUUCUGGGAGAAGCUGGACGAUUACGUCUAUUACAUUCGCGCGUUUGGAAAUUCGGUCGAAUUUUGCUUCGGCAUAUUCCUGUUCUUUAAUGGCGCCUGGAUACUGAUUUUUGAAUCCGAAAUGAUUCCAAUAGGCGGUGCCAUCCGUGCGCUGAUGAUGGGCAUCCAUGCGUACUUCAACAUCUGGUGCGAGGCGCGUGCCGGCUGGGUCGUGUUUAUGAAGCGCCGGACGGCGGUGCACAAAAUUUCCUCGCUGCCGGAAGCCACCACCGCCCAGCUGCAGCAGUUUGACGAUGUGUGCGCCAUUUGCUAUCAGGAUAUGACGUCGGCAAAGAUUACACGAUGCAAUCACUACUUCCACGGCGUGUGUCUGCGGAAGUGGCUGUACGUGCAGGAUCGCUGCCCACUGUGUCACGAGAUUAUCAUGAAUCAGGACGGCAAUCCGGGCGACGAAAGCAUAGAGGAGCAGCUAAACAAUGGGGAUAAUGCGAGGAUCGAACCACGAACCGGCCGACCCGACCCGAGUGCCGACGCAACGAACAAUCGGCUGCAGAAUGUUCCACAGCAGGCCGCCAUCGUGCAAGGGACUGACCAGGCCGAGCAGCCACCGGCACAGCCCUUGUUCGACGAUCGGUACUUUGAGGAGCAGAUCAACAAUAUUAGCCGUGCCGCCAGUGCCAGCAGGUCAAUGGUAGGAAUUCGUGCCGGCCAGACAGACGCGCAGACGGAUGCAUCCAAGCGGGCACCCCACCACCCGGAAGAGCAAUACCGGGACGAGUAUAGUGUGACUAUGAGAUUCGGUGCGCGUGAAAAUGCGCAUCUUUACGCAAACAAUCCGGCAGGAAUUGCAGCGCCACAGCCGAGCAGUGGUGGAGCCACCGGCACUGUCGAUGGCAAUUAUCCCAGUGGCAGCAAUGCCUCCGAUGGCAGCCCCAGCAGCAGCAGCAGCAGUAGCAAUACGGAAGAUACCGGGAGCAUGAGCAGCGGUAGCAGCGCAAGCAGCAGCGCCAGUGGCACACUGUCCGGAUUAUCCAACAGUUCGCUCAUGUCGGCGGCUGCCAUUUCGUUCAACCUUCGAAGACGGAACCACGUCCUAUUGCAGCAAGAGCAGCAGCAGCAGCAGCAGCAACCACAACAGCCAACUUCGCCAAGAGAAUAAACAACCAAAACGAAGAGAAUGCACACGUGUGGGUGUGUGACAUUGCACUUAUCCGACGAGCAUUCGCGUCGAAUGAAACGAGGCGCUCAAAAACCAACACGAAACGCUCUACGACCACAAAGUCUCAUUUCUGAAUGAGAUUCUGUUCGGUUUAACUAUCAACUCAAAAUAAGCCAAGAGAACCACAAUGAACGACGACUAUCCGUGAUGCAAAUUGAUGGACUGAACGAGAAAAGACAGCAUGAUGUGUAUGGUUUUAUCCGGCACGGGGAGAGAGAAAGGGAGAGAUAGUGAGGUUGUAUUGUACAUUUCUAGUAAGUUUUUGGUGAACGCAAUGUAGCUUGUAUAUUUAUAUUAACUUGUUUAUAAUGAACCGGAAUAUGAGGGCAUAUAAAAAAAAAAUUAGAGAACCAGAGAAACCCAAGCACAGGAGCACACAUCGAGGUUCGCUGAUUCGGGGCGGGGAGGGAUGGGGAAGGGUAGAGUGUAGUGUGGGUGGGUAGGUUUUAGCAUUCGGAGGAGUAAACACACAGAGUAAAACACAAAAGCACUACAUCUGCUACGUCGCACACUAUAAAAACUAAUGACAACAGCUGUGACACACUCGUUUCAAGCAGACAGGGGUAGGAGAUUACAGCAAGCAUUACUUCUAUCGCCACCAAAAGGAAUCGAGAAAUAACUGCACAAUGUCUCGAAUCGAGCACAACAAGUAACGACGUCUCAUGAGCAGGUAGUAGAGUAACACUAUCACUAGCAUUGGCAACAGUGUUUAGAUUCGAAUUGAUUUUCGCUUUGUUUCCAUUUACCGUCCAUGUGGUGUGUGGUUGUGAAGCACAGCAGUGGUUCUUCUAAAGCUACUGCCUAAACAGCAAUAUAAAGCAGCGUAUAACACAGCCAUGUUUAUAUACGCGCCGAAUGCGCAUUGUGCGUGUUGCAGAAAGAUGGACGCUAAACCGUAAUAGCCACAACAGACAAAAACAACACUUCCUUCUUGCUAAAUCGCACUAGAGACAUACCGGAAAAAGAAAGAGUUGAUACUAGGUGACAUCAAUAGUCCGCAAAAGAAAACCACCCCGGCUUUGUGAAGCUAAUCGUACGCCGCAAGCACGGGGGAAAACAAUUGUACAGCAAUUAAAAUGAUCAAUUAACUGAUUUCACCGUUCUUCGUUUUAUCGCGCUAUUGCAUAAGAAGGUUUGCAACUACUAAACCCCGUUCCCUGUGUCUCGAUCGAACUUAGAUUGAACUGCACAAACUGCACGUUGCAGGCCGUUGUUCGCCAGGUGUCGCCGGGGGCCCGCGGGGGCGAUCGUGUGGCGCAUCACGGUCGUACUAACAUUAAUGCAGCACACAAAAUGGCAAUUGCACAAACAUGGUUAAGCAGUUUUUGGUUUUUAAACUUCGCUCAACAUAUGAACAUGAUGUGUAUAUAACAAGCAUAUAUCGCACACCCUUUGCGAUGAGAGGUACUUGUUGUUCCUGUUGUUCUGUGUCUUGUGCUCGACAACGAGCGAAUGUUUCUUGGGGAUUUGUUAGCUUCGAGCGCUAAUAACUGUUUUAGCGAUACUUUUAAAUAACUCUGCCCACUUUUGUUUCCUUAAAGUGCGAUGAAUGCUGAUGCUGGGGCGGCAUGUACAUAGUCGUGUGGUCUUCAAAAUAUAACCAAAAAUAAAUGACCAGGCGGGGAAACAAAAAAAAACGAGGGCAAACUCAGCUGUGAAAUAAUAAACAAAAAUAGUAAAACUGUUGUAGGGAAAUUCCUAAAAUAA